UUUGGUGCAGGUGCGGAUAGAAAAGAAAAAUUUCAUGGUGUUGUGGGUGACACAUAUACGUAGAAAAAAUUUAGUGUAAGAUAAAUCACAUUGGCACCAACUGCAGGAAAAUGGAAUCAAUGGAAUAUGAGCUCGCUAGAAACCUCACUCUGUUGUUUUUCGUGGAGCGCCUGCUCGACAAAGGCGAGCCUCGGACGUUGCACGAUCUUUCCUGCCAGUUUGGUGCCAAAGGGUUCACGAAGGAGAUGCGGCAGAUAGCUGGCGGGUCGCAGUCGGGGCUGAAGAAGUUCCUGGCUCAGUACCCGGCGUUGUUCAACAUAGACGGGGACUAUGUCGAUAUCAACACGUUCCAGAAGCAUCCGAGCGGGGCUGGCGCGUCGUCCAACAACGACUACAUCGAGGAGGCGAAGGACUACUUCGCGAGCAAGAUGAUCCAGUACGGCGAGGGCACGGAGGUGCCCAUCAAGAGCCUGCUCGGCCACCGCAGCCAGGCCUCGCCGCAGGUCCGCCACAUCUCCGGCCAGCGCAUCAAGGAGUUCAAGGAGUUCCUCAUGAAGCACCCGGACACUUUCCAGAUCAUCGAAGACAACGUCGUUCUAGUCAGUGAGAAUCACAGAAGAGGUAACGCACACAGUAACUCGGAACAAUUCCACAACCUCCCGGUACCCAAUAUCAACACAGACACGGCCCAACAGUUGUUGGACUAUGUCGCGCAGUGUAUCGAAGCUAAAGGUCCCGUCAUGGUCGACCAGCUCUUCCACUUGAUCGUGUCACGGUUCCCCCAGGAAUACUGGUACCAAAUGUUCAAAUCGCCCGCUGACUUGAGCGCUUUCCUCAAAAUAUUCUCAGACAGUUUCCAUGUCCAAUCAAACCUUGUCACACUUAUUAGUAAACCAAAAAUUCCUGUAAUGUAUUUAAACGCUAAACCUAAAGCCAAGACUGAUGCACCAAAGCCUGUGAUUGAGGAGAAGCCGGUGUCGCCAGCCCCGCCUAUAGUCGUGAGCCCUACCCCUUCAGAUGUUGUUGACGGUAAGAAGAGUCCCGCAAACAGAAUACUCAGCCCCGUAGAAUCUCCCCGCGGUCCACAAGCAAACAUAGCAAAUCAAACGCUGAAGCAAAGGAUCAAUUCUAUUGUAAUCAAAAAUUUGGCAGAGAAUAUGGUAAGGGACAGAGUCAACAACCAUUUGAACGCUCGCUCUGAAGAAACAAACGGUACUCCAAGUUUGAGGAAUAAUGUCAUGGGUGAAGCAUGGCGUCAGAAAGUGCUACAAUGCACCACAGUCAUUGCCAAUGUUAGAGAAUGCGCUACGUUAGUUGAAAGCAUAAUGAACCCUAAACGCAAUGCAAAGAGUAUUGUAUCAUUUGACUGUGAAGGAAUUAACCUUGGCCUAAAAGGAGUACUGACGCUGUGUCAGAUUGCAACUAUGAAUGGUGAAGUUUACAUUUUGGAUAUCAUGGCUUGCCCAGGCAUGCUUAUAGAAGGUAAGAUCAAGGACCUACUUGAGAGCGAGACUGUUAUAAAAAUUAUUCAUGAUUGCAGAAAUGACUCAGUCAAUUUACACAAUCAGUUUGAGAUUGUUCUCAAGAACGUUUUUGAUACUCAGGCAGCCCAUGCUGUAUUGCAGUUACAGCAACAGGGUGUGCCAGUUUAUAAAGUCAAGAAUCUUAGUCUCAAUGCGUUAUGUGAAUUAUACAAUGCACCCAUGAACCCCAUGAAAGAACAAUUGAAGAAUGUGUACCGCAGAGACCAGCGUUACUGGGCUCGGAGACCUUUGACAAAGGAUAUGAUAAUUUAUGCUGCUUCUGAUGUCCUGUCAUUAGUAAAUCCAGCUAUUUAUGCAUACAUGUCGAGCAACAUUAAACCAGAAAACCAGCAGCUGUUCGAGGAACUGAGUAAUGAACAGGUAUUUAUGCACAUCCAGCCCACAGAAGUAAAAUUACGCAAAAGGCAAAGAAAAAUUAACACUGAAGUAGGAGAAUUGAAGCAGAAACUAGCAGAGUCAACAAAGAACAUUGUUUUGAGCAACAGGGAAAUCAGAUUGCUCAGAUAUUUAGAGCUCACUGAGGAAGAGAAGGAGAAACUAAAAGGUUGUCACAAGAUAUCUAAAAAGUUAGAAAAACUAGAAGCCAUUGGACAAGAAAAGGAUUCUGAUUCAGAAGAUGACGAAAGGGAAAACGAGAUGGCUAGCUUAGAGUCGAACCCGUCCGAUCCUAUUUCUUCUCCACACUCAACACAGCCUCCAAGCCUCACAGAGUCGAUGCAGAUGAUGGACGAAAUUCUGUCAGAUACAAGCAUGGACAAAGUAGAGAAAAUAAACCGCCUCGAGGCAAUUCUCUCUGCGGUGGCGCCGCUCAGUGGGGAGUUGGAGGACAAAUUCUCACAAACCAUGGAACAAACACUGCCAUUGCUCAAGAAUAAAGAUUGGUCGAACCUGAGUCAAAUUCUGAACAUAGGAGCAGGGGAUGCCGACAGAAAGAAUUGUUGCUGCCGAUGCCAUAACUCCAAUUACGAAGACGGGAAAUGUAACGACCAUCGCGAGACCAAAAAGUCGGAGGUCGCGUCCCAGACUCUCAGCACAGGAGACAUCGUAAUCACCAGGAUUCAUUUCAGGGAAGAGGACAAAGUCAACGAAAGAAUCCUGGACGCGUCGCCUAUGGGCAAACGCGCAGGUAUUGGCAACAUGUCUUGAUGAUACUCAGGUCGACAGCUACUUCCAUUUUCCGAGUGCCACAGUUUAGUUUCGGAACUCUUCGUGAUUAAUUUUGUUUUUGUAGUCAUUUAAGUUCGUCCCCCGAGCAGCGGCCGUUACUUUGUAGACCGCGUGGUCUAGUUGCCGAGGGUACGGUAGCGGUAGCGCGAGAUGGAAUUAAUUAAGUGUGUUGUGAGGUCGUGCAUUGCCGAGUGUACGCCUACGCUAUAUGCUCAUUUGAGCGAAGACGAGCGCGUACAUACGAAUAAAUGCAACAGUAAUUCGCAUAAUAAACGGCUACUUUUAAUUCCUUCAUCUGGAAUAGACAGUAUUUGCUGUUAACAGUGUUAUAUUAAUUUAUUUAUGUUGGCUAUUGCCUGUUAAGUAACAGAAACUUAAAUGUGAUAGAUUUCAAGGCCUUUUUCUCGAUCUGUUUUGAAUUGUAAAUAAGAUAAACUUUGAUUAGCAUGCAUAAUCUAUACAUCCCAAAUCACGAUAAGGGUUGAGUACUUUCCGAUAGUAGGCAACACCUGUACAUACUUAUUUAUUGAUGUUGCAUCGUUUGAGUGGUUCUCGCCACUGAACUUUACGAAUAUGGCAAUAAUAGUUGUAUACAAUAAAGUUUUUAUUGUAACAUAUUUAUCAAAAAUAUUGUCUAGUUGUAUAUUAGUAUUUAAUUCAUGUUUUUAAAGAAUAUUAAAAUGGUAUAAGGUAAGAGUGUUAUUGAGAGAAGUUUUAUAUUGUAGCGGAUUCGGUGCUCCGACGAGUCGAGGAUCAUUUGUGUUACGAAUAUGGAAUUGUAUAGUUUAUUGCAAGUAGGUGGUCGCGAUUAAUACGGUUAGUACGAAAGGUAGGGAUGGUUUUAUGUAACUUUGGUUAUAAAGUAAUAAUUUUGUGCCUUCAAGUCAUAUCCGACGAAUGCCUUUAUCGAAGCAAUUGUGAAAUAGUAGGUACUUUUUAUACGUAUUUAGUAGUAUGUAAUUAUGUACCGUCUACACAGUCGCAUAUCUUAGUGAUGCCCGUGCUAAUUGAAAUAUUCGAUGUUUUAUACUUUACAAAUAAUUAUAUUAAUAAUUCUACUUUAACGAGGUUCCAUUAAAUUGAAAGUUACUAUAAAAAGUGAUAAUUUUUGAAGUAGUAGACGCAACGAUUUAUGUAACAAUCGCUGCCGCAAACGAUAGACUGAAAAUCUAGUAUUUUUAUUAGCAUGUGGCACAAUUUAUAGUUCACUGAUUAGAAAAAUUGUUCUCAAGUUACUUUUAACUAUGUAGGUAGCUUCUUAGGUAUGGAGAAUAUUUCUAAGCCUGUUGAAUCCAUUCGAAUAGUUUAUUUUUAUGUUAACAUUAUAAAUGUUUUGAGAAACAAGGCGAUAUGUCCACGCUUUAUGCUUGUUUGGUAGCUGAGAAGUUGCUUAUUAUAGUACGUCUUAUGUAUUCUUUAUCAGUAUUGUAUCCAAAAGUUAUUUUGAAACAAAAUAGCCCUUAAUUUUAGUUUUAAUAAGUAAAAUGCAACUUAAUGCAUUUACUAAUAACUUACUUUACAAGUUUUAUUAUUUAUUUGCACAUUGAAAGGUAUAUAAAUUAAUUGGAAGUCAAAAUCGUAUAUUGGCAUUUAUCUAAAUUUUAAUUUUCGGCCAUCAUUUUAUAACUUUUUGAAAGUUGGACGUUGUUUUUAAUAAAAAUACUUGUGCCUUAUAUUCAAACAGCACAAUUUUUGAAUUAGGUAUCCGCAUACAUUUUUGUAUGGCGGGACACGUUUUCAGUGCCACUAAUUUUACUAUUCGUAAGAAUGAUCAUAAUCGUUAGUCAAUGUAAGCUUGAUAACUUUCUGUUAUAUUUUUCUAACAUGUUUCGGUGUUUAUUUACCAGAGUCUAAUAAUUGCUUACGAAGAAACAUACUUUUUAAUGUGGCAGAUUGUUAGUUUACUAAUUUGCGCAUUGUUUAUGUUUAUUAUAAUAAAAAGUUGUAAAAA